AUGCCUCAACAAAGCCACUUAACAAUCAACCCAAACUCAAAGAAGGAGCUAUUGAAAAGGUGGAGAGAAGUUGCGGGUGAGAAGAGCCUCAAAACUGUUGCCGCCGACUAUACUUCACAGACUGUUGCUGGCAUUGUUGAUCUCCAAGACAAGAACAAUGUAUCAAUCUCCGAGUCUGCGUAUCAUUGCGCUACCCAGAGUUCGUUACCAGCAAACAUUCCAAGUUCGGACGUACUUAGCCUUCAGAUUGGCCUUCAGGUCAGCGGCAAUCGAGUAAUUUACCGCUGGAAGAAGAAUAGCAAAAUCAACUUUGCUGCUUUCGCUGAGGGCUACGCAACGUCUGACCAGGCUUUAUUUGCGGCUCGAAUGCUCAAGAAGGCUACUGACGAAUGGAAUGAGCUCCAACUCGGAGUGAAAUUUGAGUGGGUUAGCGACGUCGAAGAUGCGGCAUUUGUGCUUGCUUAUGGCGGCGACGCCGGUUCUACCCUUGCGAGGGCCUUUUUCCCUAACGAACAGGAUCUAAACAUGCUCUACGUCUACAGACUGGCCUUUGAGCCUGGCAAGAUUAACUACAUGAAAAACAUAUUCCUGCACGAGUUGGGCCAUGUGCUGGGCUUGAGGCACGAAUUUGCUCCUGAGACGGAGGGCGGAACAGUGCAACUCGGUCCUCGUAACAACAAGUCUGUGAUGAGCUAUACGUUUCCGCCCGUUAUUCAAACAACUGAUGUGGAGAGUACUCUUCAAUUCUACAGCCUAACAGAUGCUCAAAUAGGAGGGUGGCCCAUUGAAGACUGCGUUCCGAACAAUUGA